AUGCGUCCAUCACAGAUACUUCGAAGUGACGAGCUCCCUAUCGGCAAAUAUGGCCACUAUCUAAACAAGGAUACAUGGGGACAUCUUGGUACAGUUCAGCCCCCCCAGAAAGGCAUAGUCACAUACACUCUUAGUUCAAACCGCCAGAACGUCCUUGCUGGUGCUGCCCACGAUGCUGUGUUUAAUACCUGGCGCCGAUUUAGUAAGCAGGUUCUAUACUGGGCACCGCCGCUACUGGCUGCCUACUAUGCUAUGGACUGGGCUAUCAAGAGAAACGAGUAUCUUAAUAGCAAAGCUGGAAGGGCUGAGUCUACCGACUAA